GCCGCUUCUUUAGAGUGCCAUGGCACGUACUAAACAAACCGCCCGUAAGUCCACCGGUGGUAAAGCCCCCAGGAAGCAGCUGGCCACCAAGGCGGCCAGGAAGAUCAAUAAUUNCCGUCGGUACCAGAAGUCCACGGAGUUGCUGAUCCGCAAGCUUCCUUUCCAGCGUCUGGUUCGUGAGAUCGCUCAAGAUUUCAAGACUGACUUGCGUUUCCAGAGUGCUGCUAUCGGCGCCUUGCAGGAGGCAAGCGAAGCAUACCUGGUGGGUCUGUUUGAGGACACCAACUUGUGUGCCAUCCACGCCAAACGUGUCACCAUUAUGCCCAAAGACAUCCAGUUGGCCCGUCGAAUCCGUGGAGAGCGCGCUUAAACUCUCUUUAUUAUUUACUCUACUUUUUUUUUUAUUUGUGUGUGGAGGAAUAUAUGGGGGUGGGGUUUGAUGUGUGGGAGGGUUGGGUGGGUGGGGCAUCAGGGUUCUUACACUCUUGACUAUAAAUGCCUGUGUAGUUAAGUUUAUUUUUGUAUUUUUUUUUGGUAGUUGUGGUAGGGGAGGGGUAUCUUGUGGUUCAAGUUGAUAGUAGGGGGGGCAGCGUCAGAACAUUCCGGGAGCUCCUCAGGGUUUUAAAGUUUGUAUUUUAGACUUUCAUAUGCCUCUGCCUAGUCUGCAUGCUCCAUGAGUUAGAAUGUCCAUUUUAGUUCUAUCAUUAUUAUAAUAUUGGGUUUCUCUUCUAUUGUGGCCAUUUGGUUGUAAAUAAACUUUCCACUACCUCAA